CCCUCUUGGCGUCGUCGACUGUCUAACUCUGGCCGUGCUGGCUCAAGACCAGCUACGGGUCACGGCUCGCCUGGCACAUAAUUGAGUUUGUCUUGCUGUUUUCCUCCGCGCCGCCGGCAGAUACACUGGGAGCGGGAACCCUGGUGCCCAGUCUGUGCGAUGCCCGCAGCCCCUCGUCAGCUCUUCGGAGCGGACUGGGACCUGUGCACGAACCUGCAGAAGACUGGCCAGUGCUCUCGUCCCGGCUGCAAAUGGGAUCUCAGAGGGGAAGACAUAUUGACACGGAUACCUUUUACUCGUUUUCGCGUUCUUUGGUUUCUUGUAUUUUCGUCGCUAUGACUGGAUUCGGAGCGGAAUCCUAAUUAUAAUGCGCCCUGGGGGAGGUCUGGGGAGUAGCGGUAUCGGUAUCUUCCCAGACAUGCGAUGUAUUGAUGUCUCGAUACGCAAUCCCCUGAGGUCCCGAUUUUUUUCCCAGGGCCGCUUUUUCAUCCCGAUGCUUUGUUUGACGGCCCCGAGAACCAGCGAGGGCCACUGGAGGUCGAAGACGGCCGACGACUUGCCGUCGUCAUUUUUUGGUACGACGAAAGCAUGUGAGCGACGCCAGAAACCGGGGUCGUCUGCGCCGACAUUGGCGCCCGCGCUGGCGGCCCGCGUGAGCUGCGGCUUAAGGUCGCUGUGCCAUCCCGCGUAUUAUCCGUCUUUGAUAGUCACUCAUGUCCUGUUUCUGCCCCUUCGCAGGAUCACAGUGGGGCAGAGUGGUGGGAGGGUACCUGGUGGGCCUGUGAUGAGCAGGGCCGUUCCUGGGGCUGGUGGCAGUCGCUGCCCCUGUCCGAGGAGUGCCCAGUGAGCCUCACGCCGAUCCGCCUGCUCGGCGAGGCGCCCUUCGAGCUCGACGCGUCCCUGGACAGCCGCGGGGCGGGGAGGGGCCUGAAGCACUAUUUCGACGAGGAGCUCGCCCGCUACGUGGUGGGGUCUGGCCAGUUUAUCGACCCGGUGAACCGGCGGCAGCUUACCCUCUCGGAAUGCCAGGCCCUGGACCGCCUGACGGGGCAGGCGUUCGGGGUGGCGGAAGCUUUCGCGGCCGCGCAGGCCGCGGGAAGCUCCGCGAGCCGCGCCGCGCGCGAGGUCGCCGUGGCGGCCCGCCAGCUCUUUGUGCAGUUCGCCACUGGGGCGCAGCAGGCGCCUCCGCAGGCGCUUGCUGCCCAGGGACUUCCGAGGCACCCGCGGGCGCAGCAGGGCGUCGCGGGCGGUGUGCGGGACGCGCUGACGGUGCACGCUGAGGGCGGCCUGAGGGUGGUCGACGACAACCUAGGCGAGGAGGGCCUUCCGAGCGGGGCGGCCAGCAGCGCCGGCCCGACGCCGGGCGAGAUGCUAAGCAGCGCCCCCGCGGUCCAGGCCCUGAUGCGGCCCCAGAGGGCGCCACGGCCACAGAAGGCCCCCAAGCAGCCCGUGCUGAGGGCCCCCGCGACCAGGGCGAAGCUGGACGAAACCGAUGCGGACAGGCCCGAGGUCAGCGAGGCGCAGGCGCAGGCGACAGCCUCAUCCUCUGCGGCGGCCGCCGAGCAGCCAGAAGAGGUGUGGACGCCUCCGUGGGCCACGCUGGAGGUGCAGGCGGCGCAGUUGGCGGAGCUGGAGCGGCUGCGCGCGGAGGGCCUGUCGGUGCCGAGCGGGGCCCUGCUGGAGCUGCGGGCCGCCCAGCGUAGGGGCGAGCUGCUGCACCGCCAGGACCCCGUGAUGUGCGAAUUCACGGUGGAGGCUGGUGGCGUCGCGCAGGCCUCGGUAUGCUUCGUGGUCCCGGCGUUCUACCCGGGCCAGCCGCUGGCGGUGGCGCGCGGCCGGGCGGAGAGCUGCUCGGCGGGCGCGUUGGCCGCCUUCGAGCGGCAGGUGCGGCAGGAGGCCGCCAGACAGCCAGAGGGCUCGGCGGCCCUGAGCUCGGUGGUCGAGUGGCUGCAGGGUGAGGGCGCGGGGCGCUUGCAGGCGCUGGAGGUCGCCGGCCAGGCCGAACCCGCGGCUCGGGAGCGGGCUCCGCGCGAGCACGCGGGCGCCGCUCCCGAGCCGAGGGCAGCGGAGGACGGCGCUCGUGGCGCAAGAGUGGCGGAGAAGUUCACGUCGAAUUGGGACCUCAGAGACCUGUGCACCGCCUUCGUGAAGCACGGGAAGUGCAAGAACAAGUCCUGCAAGUGGCGGCACGAGAAGCCGGUCGCGGUGCAGCCGGCGCCAGCGCCAGCUAAGCCAGAGGGCUCGGCGGCAGCGAAACCUGCCACAAAGAAGAAGGCUGGGAAGUCGAAGUGAGACGUCCAGCCUGGCGCGUCUCGGAAAUAGGAGCUCAACCCGGAGAUCGGAGGCAUCUCUUUUUGGACGUCGCGUAUUGGGGGGCGACGCCCAAUCUUCCUCUACCCUGGCCAGUUUUCCCAGGAGGCCACCAGGGUCCUGCCCAAGCCACGUCUCAUGGCGCACUUCGGCCCGAAAGUUCCGCGCAACUCCCGCCUCUGGCCUUCCCGCCACCCGCAGGGUCCGCUGCGUUGCCAUGGUCAGGAAAUCGUUGCCGCGAGGAGGUGCUGUCCAUCCUUUGCCUCCCUCCCUCCCUCCUUCUCUUCCGUCCUUCCUCCCUCGCUCUCUCUCUCUCUCUCUCUCUCG